AUGGCUUCCCUUUCCCGUCGAAUCUAUGCGUCAUUUUGCUCUAGGCAUCCAUCACCAACCACAAACAUGUCUAACUGGAUAGAGUGUUACAAUCCCUCAAACAAUGCAUGGCACCACGUUAGCAGAGUUCCGGGGCUAAUCGAAAACCAUAUUCUAAAAGGGUUUUCAAUGGCGGUCAUGGGGGGCUCAAUCUUUGUCAUCGGCGGCCGGCUUUGCCAUAAAAUGGAGGUAGGCGACAACGAUAACCCCAACGAUAUUGUUGAAGUUGAUCUUGAAGUCCUCUCGUCUGUGCUACGAUACGAUAUUGGCGACGAUGCGUGGUUCAAAUGCGCGCCUCUCGGCACGCCGCGGUUUGAUUUUGCAUGCACUGUGUGUGAAGACAAAAUUUACGUGGCCGGUGGACAAUGCGCGUUAGCUAGCGCCAAGGGAGUGUCGUCAGCGGAGGUGUAUGACCUAGGGCGUGACAUGUGGGAAGCUUUGCCGAACAUGAGCACUUUGAGGUACAAAUGUGUUGGGGUGACUUGGCAAGGGAAAGUCCACGUGGUAGGAGGGUUCGCGGCGAGAGGAGAUUCAUGGGAUACGAUGGAACGAAGCUCAGCUGAGCUGUACGACCCAGAUGGUUCCAGGUGGAAAGUGAUUGUGGCUUGGAAGGGUCAUAUUGAGGCGUACGAUGAGGAGCUUAAUAUAUGGAAAGUUGUGGAAGGAUCAACAACCAUAUCAUUUCCAAUUUCCACGCCCACAAAUCGGCGGCUUUACCUUACAAUGGCACCAAUUGGGACCGACCUUUACUUCUUGGCAGGCUAUCGUAUGCCGGCCCCGGCGGGGGAGAUAUCGAGAAUGAAGUCGGUUGUCCACGUUUUCAACACGACCUCAAAUGGGGAUAAAUAUUGGAGGAGCUUUAAGCCAAUAGAAGAGGAAGAGGAAAAAGAGCUUUGUAGCCACGGUUGUGUUGCUUGUUAG